AUGACUAAGCCAGCUUAUCAGAUACCCAAGUCCUCAACCUCUACCGUCUCCUCCGAGAGGCUCAGCUCCCUCCUCUAUGGCUUCCUCCGCCUGAGUUCUCCCGCUUCAGCCGCUCCCAUGCCGUCCGCCAAAGAGGUCAACCGGGCUCUGGCCCGCAUCAGAGCCGUCAUGCCGGCCGAGAAAAAGGUGGCAUCGACAAGCCGCAACAUCCGCCUGGGCCUCGAGCGCAUCGGCCACGUCGUGCCGCAGCAGCAGAGCUGGCUGGGCGUCCAUGUUGGCGGCACCAACGGCAAGGGAUCCGUCUGCAACCUGCUCUCGGGGCUCUUCAGGCUGUCCGGCAUCAGCCAUGGCAUGUACACGUCGCCGGCCAUGCCCGAGAGGCACAACGGCGUGACCAUCAACGGCCUGUACGUCAACAAGCGCAUGUACGAGCUCGAGGUGAAGCACAUUGAGGAAAAGUUCAACCGGGUGGCCUCGGGCUGGCGGUUUGCCGCCGGCGAGGAUCCGGGCAGCCUGACGCCCUUUGAGCUGGAGACGGCGGCCGCCUUCCGCAUCUUUGAGAAGAUGCAUGUCAGCUACGGCGUUGUCGAGGUCGGCAUGGGCGGCGAAACCGAUGCGACCAACAUCAUGAGGCAAAAGUCCGUCACCGUCAUCACCAAGAUCGACCUCGACCACCAAGAGUACCUCGGCAACACGGUUGAGGACAUUGCAAAGGUCAAGGCCGGCAUCAUGCGGCCCGGCGUGCCCUGCAUUGUCGACCACUCCAACUCCAGCUCAGUCCUCAAGGUUCUCCGGAAACAUGCCAGCAGCAUUGGUACCCAGAUCAGCCCGUCAUGGAAAGGCGAGUCUCUGUUGGCCGGUCUCGAUACUGAGCGAUUCAAGCUGGAGGACUACGAGAGGCAGAACCUUCUCUGUGCGACACUCGCCUUCCGACACCUGUUUCCAGACCUCGAAAUUGACGUCAACAAGCUGUUGGCAAUGGAACCUCUCCCGUCUGGACGAAAAGAGCAAGUCAGGGUGCUCGGCCUCACUGGCGGCACUCGUCAACAACCGAUCCUUGUGGAUGGAGCUCACAACCUGCUUGGAGCCGAAGCGCUGGCUUCGUACGUGCAGCACCAAGUCCGCCAGGGAGACGAGCCGGUUUCGUGGAUCAUGGGGCUGUCAGACAGCAAGUCCAAGCCGUUUGCAAAGGUCAUCUCCACUCUGGUACAGCCCCAAGACAACUUUGCCUUUGUUGAAUAUGCUCCCGCUCCCAACGAACCACCGCCCGCGCCUGCUGAGCUCGGCCGUGAGAUUGGCAGGUCCAUUGUUCGCCAUGAAUCUCAGCUGUACGACGGGGAUCCUCGAGUCGGCGCCGGCGUGCAGUGGGCUUGCGAAAAGGCCGGAGAGGGGCCAGUCAUACUAACGGGUAGCCUCUAUCUGAUUAGGAACUUUUACAAGCUGGACGGUGUCGAGCCAAAGAGGAAGACCAAAACCCGAAGACCGGGUCCCUCGCAGCUGUGGUGGUACAUUCAACAAUCGCAACAGCGGACGCUGACUCCUGAAGAGGUCAGGGAGUUUAAGCGAGCGCGGAGACAUUGGUAUCUGUCGCCUGCGCGGAACUCUACCUUUAGAGCAGUGAGGCACGGUGGCCAGCCCAGGUCUGCCCGCGUGCCCGAGCGGAUCCGAGCCUUGCAGCGGCAGGCCGAGUUUCACAAGAAGCAAGCAGAUGGUUACCGUAGCGCCAUAGAGAGUGUGGAAAAGGACCUGGCGGCUGAGCCAGCCAAUGCGGCCGCUGCCACCGACAAGUCCGAGUUGCAAGUCAGCAUGGAAACGCUCAAGCGGCACCACGAGGAGCAUCUCAGCGCAUACAACAGCGCCAUGUUCAAGCUUCGGGGAUAUGUGCCCUUGUCCGAGAACAAGUUUAUGAGCUACGAGCAGGUGUUUGGGCGGCCGCCGAAGCCCAAGGUGCCCAAGUUUCCCUUUCCCGAGGAUGACGGUACAGCUCCUGCAGCAGCAGAUGAAGCUGCUCCUGUUUCCCGGGAUGUCGCAACUGCCUCUCAGUCUGGUCAAGCCGCCCGUGGGGAAGAGAAGGCGUUGGAGUCACAGACUUCGCGAUUUGAGAAGAGGGCCAGUCGUCGGGAGGGUACUCUUAGCAAGGAGACUGCUGCCACGGAAGCGCGCGAUCUCGUCGACAAGUUGACAAAGGGCCGAGUUGUCUCUUGA